AUGGCGAACGAACCAGUGAAAGAUAAUCGCUCCUUGGAAUACUGGAUAACUCGGGCAUGCGACCCAUUUCUGGACGAAUCCGAACGCCCGCAGUUCAUUAGCGGUUUUUGCGAGCAGGUCAACGAAGAGCUAGAAGGCCAUCUGGUUGCCUGCCGGCUAUUGGCCCACCGAAUCCAAAGUCCUCAUGAAGCCGAGGCGUUGAAUGCGCUGAAGGUGCUAGAAAGCUGCUUUCGUCAGUGCGGUCAGCGCUUUCACAAUGAAGUCGCUAAAUAUCGUUUUCUCAACGAACUCAUCAAAGUUGUGUCGCCAAAGUACCGUGGCAAUCAGACGUCUACCAGGGUGAAAUUACGCAUAAUGGAAAUCCUGUACACUCUGCAGAUUUCGCUGAAACAUCUGCCGAAACUGAAGCAGGUCUACGAUAUGCUUAAGGACCAGGGCGUAAUCGCUCAGGACCCGACGUACUUGGAAAAUCUCUGCGACACCCGGUGCCUGGAAAGGGAGAGCGCUCCCCGACGUUCACCAUUCGAAAGUGACGAAAAAAGCGAGGAAGAACAGAAGCAGGAGCGAGAAGAGAAACGGGCGUCUGACAUGAAGGCCAUCGAAAGCAGCGUUCAUUUAUUGUCCGAAAUGAUAAAUCGUUUUGACCCCCAUUUAACUACCGUUCAUGAUAUGGAGGUUAUUAAUGAUCUUGCUGUUUCAAUUGAAAAGAUGCGAACCAGUCUUUUUCAGUAUGCAGCGGAAGCCGGCGAAAGUGAAGAUGUUUUGGGAGCAUCUAAUAACCCGAUCACCAGUGAGCUGAUGAUCGUUGUGGAAAAGCCGCGAACCAACGGGUCAGUGAUCGAACAGAAAUCAACUACCUCUUCGGAAGAUAUAAAUAUGUUAGGUGUCGGUAAUUCGACAUCCGCCGUUAAUUCAACGACAGCUGUUGAUGGUGGCAGCGACUCGUCGUCUGCUCUCAUAGAACUCGAAGACGUUUUCGGUAUCAGGGGUGACCGCGGUCUAACCUCGUCAAACCUCCCCACAGAUCCACGCGACAACCCGUCGUCGUUUAUUAUGCAGAAUUUUGAAGGGAACGACUUAGUGUCGACCUCAAAAGCAUUGCCGGACCUGAAACCAAAAAACAAAGGCCUAGCUGAUCUUCAACAUCUGUCUGAAAAGUUGAUCGAACAGAACUUACCUCGGGGUCUUGUUUCGACGGCAAAGUCACAACAAAAGAGAUCUUUGAAUGAGUUGUCUUCUUGGAACUUCAGUAAGGUGAAACCUACCUGCGACAGGGAAUCUGCUGCAGAAGCGAAUGCUAAUCUCAUAGCGACACUCACUUCUGACUGCGGAGAUGACGUAAUUCUUGUGGAUUCAGUGUUGUCGCUUCCGGUCUCUGAGAAUUCGUUAAAUGGCCUCCAGUCCGCCACGACCAGCUCGAAGGAAGAACUUGCAAAACCAAGCCUCAACCAGCUCGAUUAUGUAUUUGUGCCGUUGGAAAAGGUCAUUCCGGAAAAGUCAUCGGUCACCGUCCUCGAUAAAGACAACCUCAAGAUCGUGUUGUACCAGACAAGAAACAGACCUGCGGAGAAUAUCGUUGUGCUUCUCUUUUGGAUUUCCAGCACGAACGUCGAAGAAGUGACCAACAUCGCCUUCGAUAUCACCCUUCAGCGUUUGGAGGAUUUCGCAUGCAAGUUGCAGCCGGCCGACGCCGAGUCGUUACCUGCGUUUAAUCCGAUCUCGCCGCUGAUUUCCAUAUCUAGAGUUCUGUUGGUUCUCUCUCGACAUAGCAUUCCUGAUGAGGUAAGUUGUAGGGUUUCGCAAGUUGGUUAUGUAAGUUUAUGAUU